CUCCAGGACAGUCGCAUGCCCGGGAGCCGCAGCUGUGGGCGCCGGGAGCCGGGGCGGCGAACGGCGCGUGGGCCAGGGGUGGCGCGGAGCCGCGGGGACCCGGGCAACCAGAGAAGAAACUGGAACCCGGCCGGGAUGAGAAGGUGACGCCGCCGGGGGGCGCCACUCGCUUUGUGGGGAAGAUGCUCUCCUACUGCGUGCAAGAUGCCACCGUGGUGGACGUGGAGAAGCGGCGGAGCCCCUCCAAGCACUAUGUAUACAUUAUCAACGUGACCUGGUCCGACUCCACCUCCCAGACUAUCUACCGGAGGUACAGCAAGUUCUUUGACCUGCAGAUGCAGCUUCUGGAUAAAUUUCCUAUUGAAGGCGGCCAGAAGGAUCCCAAGCAGAGGAUCAUCCCCUUUCUCCCAGGCAAGAUCCUUUUCCGGAGGAGCCACAUCCGGGACGUGGCGGUGAAGAGGCUGAAGCCCAUCGAUGAGUACUGCAGGGCACUUGUCCGGCUGCCUCCCCACAUCUCACAGUGUGAUGAAGUCUUUCGAUUCUUUGAGGCCCGACCUGAGGAUGUCAACCCCCCCAAAGAAGAUUAUGGCAGUUCUAAAAGGAAAUCAGUGUGGCUCACCAGCUGGACUGAGUCUCCCAAGAAGGACGUGACAGGUGCCGACACCAACGCCGAGCCCAUGAUCCUGGAACAGUACGUGGUGGUGUCCAACUAUAAGAAACAAGAGAACUCGGAGCUGAGUCUCCAGGCCGGGGAGGUGGUAGAUGUCAUCGAGAAGAACGAAAGUGGCUGGUGGUUUGUGAGCACGUCUGAAGAGCAGGGUUGGGUCCCUGCCACCUACUUGGAGGCCCAGAAUGGCACACGAGAUGACUCAGACAUCAACACCUCCAAGACUGGAGAAGUGUCCAAGAGACGUAAAGCCCACCUGCGGCGCCUGGAUCGCCGGUGGACCCUGGGCGGGAUGGUCAACAGGCAGCACAGCCGAGAAGAGAAGUAUGUCACCGUGCAGCCCUACACUAGCCAAAGCAAGGACGAGAUUGGCUUCGAGAAGGGUGUCACCGUGGAGGUGAUUCGGAAGAACUUGGAAGGCUGGUGGUACAUCAGAUAUCUAGGCAAAGAGGGCUGGGCGCCAGCAUCCUAUCUGAAGAAGGCCAAGGAUGAGCUGCCAAGCCGGAAGAAGAACCUGGCGGGUCCUGUGGAGAUUAUCGGAAACAUCAUGGAGAUCAGCAACCUUCUCAACAAGAAGGCGUCUGGGGACAAGGAAGUUCCGGCUGACGGCGAGGGACUGGAAGCCCCCAUCACCAAGAAGGAGAUCAGCCUGCCCAUCCUUUGCAACGCCUCUAAUGGCAGUGCCUUGGGCAUCCCCGAGAGGACCACAUCAAAGCUGGCCCAGGGCUCCCCAGCCGUGGCCAGAAUCGCCCCUCAGAGGGCUCAGAUCAGCUCCCCAAACCUGAGGACAAGGCCGCCCCCGCGCAGAGAGUCCAGCCUGGGGUUCCAGCUGCCAAAGCCACCAGAGCCCCCUUCUGUUGAGGUAGAAUACUACACCAUUGCUGAAUUCCAGUCUUGCAUUUCUGACGGGAUCAGCUUUCGCGGUGGACAGAAAGCUGAGGUCAUCGAUAAAAACUCAGGUGGCUGGUGGUACGUGCAAAUUGGGGAGAAGGAGGGCUGGGCCCCCGCCUCAUACAUUGAUAAACGCAAGAAGCCUAACCUGAGCCGCCGAACCAGUACUCUGACCCGGCCCAAGGUGCCCCCACCCGCACCCCCAAGCAAACCUAAGGAGACCGAGGAGAAUCCUGUGGGUGCCUGUGAGAGCCAGGACUCCCCACUGAAGCUUAAGUAUGAGGAACCUGAGUAUGACAUCCCGGCCUUUGGUUCUGACUCGGAGCCCGAGCUGAGUGAAGAGCCCACAGGGGACAGGCGUCCUGCCCAGCCCCGAAGGCCCUCGCCUGCCUCCUCCCUGCAGCGGGCCCGCUUCAAGGUGGGCGAGUCUUCUGAGGAUGUGGCCCUAGAAGAAGAGACGAUCUAUGAGAAUGAGGGCUUCAGGCCCUACACAGAAGACACCCUGUCUGCCAGAGGCUCCUCUGGGGACAGUGACUCCCCCGGAAGCUCCUCACUGUCUCUUGCCAUGAAAAAUUCCCCCAAAUCAGGUUCUCCCAAAUCAUCAUCACUCCUAAAGCUCAAGGCAGAGAAGAAUGCCCAGGCAGAACUGGGUAAAAACCAGUCCAACGUCUCCUUCUCCUCCUCCAUCACCAUCAACACCACCUGCUCCUCUUCUUCUUCCUCCUCUUCCUCGUUGUCCAAGAACAGUGGUGACACGAAGCCACGCUCUGCCUCAGAUGCAGGCAUCCGUGGCACCCCCAAGGUCGGGACCAAGAAAGAUGCUGAUGUGAAGGUCGGGCUGGCCUCCUGUGCCCGAGCCAAGCCAUCGGUCCGACCAAAGCCAGUCCUGAACCGAGCCGAGUCUCAAAGCCAGGAAAAGAUGGACAUUCGCUCCUUACGGCGCCAGCUGAGGCCCACAGGCCAGCUCCGGGGAGGCCUCAAGGGCUCUAGGAGUGAGGACUCAGAGCUGCCCCCCGAGUCAGCCUCCGAGUCCAGGAGAAGCUCUGCUGAUGUGAUUCCGCUCCCAGCCACCACUCCCCCAUGUGUUCCCAAGAAGGAAUGGGAAGGACAAGGUACUGCCUACGUGACCUGCAGUGCCUAUCAGAAGGUCCAGGACUCCGAGAUCAGCUUCCCGGCAGGCGCUGAGGUGCACGUGUUAGAAAAGGCAGAGAGCGGAUGGUGGUAUGUAAGGUUUGGGGAGCUAGAGGGCUGGGCUCCUUCCCACUAUUUGGUGCUGGAGGAGAACCAGCAAUCUGACGUCGCUGGCAAAGAGCCUGACACAGUCAAGAGCACUCAGAGCGAGGGCAAGUCGGACAGUCUGGAAAAGAUCGAGAAGCGGGUGCAAGCGCUGAACACUGUGAACCAGAGCAAGAGGGUCACCCCACCCAUCCCCUCUAAGCCUCCCGGUGGGUUCGGCAAGACCUCGGGCACUGUAGCGGUGAAGAUGCGGAACGGUGUGCGGCAGGUGGCAGUCAGGCCCCAGUCUGUGUUUGUGUCUCCACCACCCAAGGACAACAACCUGUCCUGUGCCCUGCGGAGGAACGAGUCGCUAACGGCCACUGACAGCCUCAGAGGUGUCCGCAGGAACUCCUCCUUUAGUACUGCACGGUCAGCAACUGCUGAGGCCAAGGGCCGCUUGGCAGAGCGGGCUGCCAGCCAGGGCUCAGAAUCACCCCUCCUGCCUACCCAACGUAACGGCAUCCCCGUCUCCCCUGUGCAUCCUAAGCCUAUUGAGAAGUCUCAGUUCAUCCACAAUAACCUCAAAGAUGUGUACAUCUCUAUUGCAGACUAUGAGGGGGAUGAGGAGACAGCUGGCUUCCAAGAGGGGGUAUCCAUGGAGGUGCUGGAGAGGAACCCCAAUGGUUGGUGGUACUGCCAGAUCCUGGAUGAGGUGAAGCCCUUCAAGGGCUGGGUGCCCUCCAACUACCUUGAGAAGAAGAACUAGCAGCACCGGGUCCUUGCAGACUCCGUGCUGCUCUGGCUGCCACUGGAAAAGUGGUGGCCUGCAGACAAGGGAAGGACAAUGGGAGGGGGGAGGGGAUGACGACAUUGAACCCUGCAGAAUAAUGUGACCCCCCCCAAGACACUCUCCAGCUGGAAGGGAGGGUGUGACGGGUACACACACUUAGUAGGAGAAAGGGAAUAGCAGGGUCGUCCUGGGCCCGGAACCCCUGCACACACACUGGUGACUUUGCUGAUGGACCGUAUGCCAUUUAGGACAGGCCGAAUGGGAAAGCCCAAUCGUGCCUUUGCUGCAGAUCUGGAAAAGAUGUCAUGAGGUGUGUCCAGGGGUCUGCCCCUGCUCAGCCACCUCAGUGGCUGGCUUCUCGCCUCUGGAAGCCACCCUUGUGAUAUCAUAGAUGUGUUUAGCAUUGUGUUGGUUUCUAGUCCACCAGCCGCUGGUGGGUGUCUGGAAGACCACCAGCUCUGGGGCUUAGCGGUGUCUCCUCAGAGCUCAGUCCUUUCUGGGGCCAGGCCACAGCCUGUUUGGUAGUUACGAGUUCCCAGAUGCCAACAAGGACUGCCUGCCUUUGUUGGCUGACCUGGCCUUGCAAAGAGAGCCUGCCCUCCUUGGGGCACUUGGAGGACACUGUGGGAGUUGACCUAGAGAAUGGGUUUUGCCAGGCUCCUCAUAACCUAGAAUUGCUUGAGGAUUUCCGGGUAGGCGAUUCCUUGUGCAUGUUUGGGAAGGGGUUAUUGGUUUGGAGGUUAUAAAUCAGCGUUUGGUUUGGGGUUUAUUUUAGAAGUUGUUUUGGGGCCCAAAGGGCUCAGCAUCACAUAGGAGAAGGGAGUAGGGGUGGGUGGAGUUUUCUGUUGAAUUCCAUGGAGGGAUGUUUAAUUUAGAUUUUGGUUUAACGUUUUUGUCUUUCCAUAUGCCAAGUUGUUUGUUUAGGUUUCCACUGUGUGCACAGUGCCCUAGCAUGGCACCUCACCAGGGAAUUUGAGACUGGGUAAAGCCAGGUCCUGGGCUCGGUGAAACAGUGUUCAGGUUGCUGCCCAAGAAGGAAGGGGGCAUCAUUAGAAACCAGGCUGCUGGGUGACUACUCUGCCUGCUUCUGCACACUUUCCCCAACCUGGGAAGGGCCCACAAAAAGCCUUACUGUGGAGAAGUCACCACCAACCCUGGGCAGAAAGGACCCUGGCUGGGUCAGCCUGGAGCAGACACCCCUCACCCCCGCCAUCGUGCCCCUUUGCCUGCUGGCAAUGCUACAGGUGCCCAAGAAGAUGGAAGACUUUAAAGCCAGGAACCAACCCUGUCUUCCCAAGGGGCAGUGCCCCAGGGAACAGAGAAGCAAAAGAAUGGAGUUUGCUGCGGUCCUCUGUCAGCUUUGGGUUGUGAUUUAACGAUUGACAUUUCAGGGGGGACCCUCCAGAGAGAAGCCCAGUGGGCUUCUUCCAAGAACUCCCCUCAUGCUGGGAGCGGAUUCCACAUGUGCCUUUGAUUUGGGACAGAUCCUGCCUCACAGAUUCUGGCUGAGCUGCCAGCAUCUUCCUGACCAAGGGCUGCUGGUUCCGACAGACAUGGGAGGAAGAAUGCCCCACACCCCUCCUCCCUGGCAGGUCUGCCUUCAGCUCCCAACCCUAACCUCCUGGAUUCCCAAGUCCAUGUCCCUCCCAUAUGCGGAUGCAAACCGCUAGCCUCCUUUGUCAGAAGCCCAUGGUGACAUUGUUCUAUUUCCUUUUCUGUGUUCAUGAGUUUGUUUAAAAUUGAAAUUAGUUAUUUUCUUCUGCUGGACAGUAUUAAAUAGAGCGGGAUGAUGAGUUAAUCUGCUAGGUUGCAGUACUAAUGGUAGUGGUUAGUGUCUUCAUGAUAUAUUGUUUGUACUUUUUGAACAAUAAUGAUAAAGAAGUGGUUCAUUAUUUCUUAAUUAAUGCACUUUAAAUGAGGUAGAAUGGAAAGAAAACCCGGAGAGCAAAGUGCAUUACUUAAAGAUGCAGUAUAUACUCUUCUCAUUUUAAAACAGCACAUAUUUAUUAAAAGAAGAAAAAGUAAUUUAUGACUAUUUAAAAUAAAAUUUUAAAGUAAAGUGACUGUCAGGUGAAAGGACCUUCCACACAGCUGUCUGCAGGGGGAUGGCCCACAGCCUCGCUCCUCGGAUGUCUGCAUUGAGCCAGCUCCAUGGUUAGUGCACCAGCCAGGCACAGAGCAUCUCAGUUGGGCUGGACCACCGAGAUCCCCAGAGCCUGCCUUUCCCACCCUCCCUGCCCGACUCUGCACUUGCAUCCUUCUUCUGCACCCCAGAGACCCUCUCCCAAAUCCCAGUGUUCUGAAAUCAUAGACUCUUUCAAAGCAGGACUGGAAGGGACCUUAGAGGUCAGUCCAUCCCACUCCUUCUUGUUUCUCCAGCUCGAGGACAGGAAAUGACUUUCCCCAAAUCACCCAAUUAAUGUCAGGUUUUUCCCGCUGCAUUUAAUCCCGCGUUCCUCUCCUGUCCUUUUAGCUCAUUGUGUGGUCAUUGUGUUUACAUUGUAACAUCCAGCCCCAGGGAUGGCUGGGAGUUGCUCAGGCAUCUGGGAAAAGUAGGGAAUGUUGCCACCUAGUGUCAGUACGUAGUCUUGGUCAACAAAUAGUGAUAGCCAAGGUCCCUCACCACCAACCCAUUAGGGCACAGCACAAACCCUGCAAGCCCAAAGAAUACUUGAAACAAGAAGGGUGCAUGCCAGGCCUUCUCAGACAUGGCCAGGGGAUGCCAGGCCUUGUGUCCCUGGAUCCUAGCCCUGCCCAGACAAGAAGGCCUUUCCCUAGCGCUAACGAGCUGCUUUGUGACAUCAGACGGACCGUGGCAGCAGUGGAGGAGGGAAGGGCCUGGGGCUCUGUCCCAUUAGGAGCAAAACCAGAUGGGACGAAAGGCAAAAAAGAAAAAAGAAAAAAAAAGAUUAAAAAAAAAGUGGAAUCUCAGCAAUGUCCAAAGCUAGUUUUCCAUUAGUUAGAACUGAAAAUGUGAGAUGACAUCAGAUCGCUGUAUACUGCAACUUUAAUCUUAAUGAGCCCUUCUGAGGUCAUUAUUGAGGUUUAUAUAAUGCCCGAAGAUGCGUCGUCUGGUGCUUUGUUUUCCUUUCAGUCUAAAGACCCUUUUCUAUGACGAGGGUGGAGGAAAAGCCUUCUAACCUUACCCUUCUUUGUCACUAGUUGGCCUGGCUACACUGCCUGGCUCCUCUGUGUUCUCACAGGGGAGCAACAAGAGAGAGCAGGGGGAAGGGGUUCCAUCAGCAAUCGGUUCCUGUCUACCCUGGGGCCCCCUUCACAGCCCGGGUUCUCUUUGCAAGGCCUCAACCCUUCCACCCCCAGCCUGGUCCCAAGGGUCCCUCUUUCUCACUCCUAAAUGGACGAAGGCAUUAUAUAGAAUCAUUGUAGUCACUUUGAGAUGUUAGAGCUGCGUAUUUUACUGGCAUUUAUACCCAUUGCUUUCCUCAACGAGGCAUGUUACUACUUUUAUCGUCUAAGAGAAAAAGAGAAGGGAAUCUCAGCCAAACAUUGUUUUCAUAUGACUAGUGCUUGCAGAGUAGGCGUAGCGCUGUUUAAGUUGCAGUGUCUGUUUUUAGGAGGGGGAGCAGGUGAAGUCACCCCUGCUUUCCCUGUGUUUGACUAAUAUAUAAUUUCUUUAAGGUUACUCACUUCCCCUAUUCCCUCCAAAUACUUUGCAUUCUCAAUGGAAAAUGAAAACAAUCUGAGACAGAAAAAAGUGCAAUAUUAUCAAGAGGGAUAUGGGACAGAGUGGGGGGGGAGACCCUGUUGCAUCUGCGGAAAAUGGGACAGUCUAUUGGGAAGAGUCGUUACUGUGGAGCACAUGGGCGGACCGUGGAUUUGAUUGGCAGGCCAACUGUCUAUCUCCUCCCCACGUCCCUGGCAUGAAGAGAGGGGUAGCCACCAGAGGACACUAGAAGAAAGGGAUCUGGGGAAGUGGCAUGGUGCUCUUGACCUCUUGAGCCCAGUCCCCAGAGCAGAGUGAGGAUAGCCAAGACCCCACUCCUGUUUCCAUUCCCCGUUUGCAGCCAGCUGCUCAGAGAGACCCAUCCUAGAAGCGAUUCCCAGCAGCCCUCUCACCCCAGCCUCCUGAUAUGUGGGCUACGAUUCUUUGGAUGUGUGUUUGAGUCUUUCUAAAAUUAUGACCUCAGUUCAGCUUAUGGACAGGAGCCCUGGCUGUAAGCAAACUCAUUUGGAGGAUGGGUGCUUUAAGCCCUUCAUACCCAGUAAGACCCAAUUCCUUCAGGCCUGCAGUAGGCCUGGUCCCGGCCACCCAUUCAUCUCAGUGACUUGGGCAAAAGGCAUGAGCCCUGCCUCUGACAACAGAAACCCCCAUGACAGGUACACACCAGCCCCCCCUUUCCCAUGCAGUGAGGAAAAUGGCAGGGUGUUUUCUGGGGGGUGAGGAACAAGUCCCAGGACUCAGCCCCCUCCCCCAGGAUAGCAAGCACAGCCUUGCUGGUGUGUCCUUUCUAUGUAGUACUGUAGGCCUGCUGCUCCGACCCACCUUUGUGUGAAUUUCUCCACAGACAGGGAGAGGGACCAGGCCCCUUCUGGGGUUCUCCCUUGGAAUAGAUACGGUUGCACAGCUGAUCAUGAGACUGUGCAGCUCUCUGGAAAGACAGCAGUUCACAUCACUAACCAAUUAAAAUUCCCUCACUUUUUUGAGGGCUGAGAGAGCAAUGUUUGUGUGCAUGUGUGUGUAUGUGUGUGUGCCGGUGGUGGUAAUUUCCACAUGCAUGGAUAUUACAUGAGUGCAUGUGUGUGUGUGUGUGUGUGUGUGUGUGUGAGAGAGAGAGAGAGAGAGAGAGAGAGAGAGAGAGAGAGAGAGAGAGAGAGACUGGUGGUAAUUUCCCACUUGAACUAAAUAGCAUGGGGUUAGAGAAAAUAAAUGCAGGGCAGGUGGUCUCCAUUGAACUAGUCCUUGGCAUUGGGCAGGUCCCAAGGGACUCACAGCUUCUGGCAGCAAGUAUGUGUGUCAUUCACACGAUUCUGGCUGGAGAGUGCAAUGUAUCUUUUAAAUUUGUUUUUUGUAAUUAUUUUAUUAUUUAGUUGGAAACUUCACACUGGCAUUAGCAGAUCUAACAGAAGCAGCCCUGGUCAGCAUCCGGGCACCAAGAUGAGCAUGUGGAAUAGAUAGAGUGUGGGGUGCUGAGGUGGUUACAUUAGUGCACCCAUGUACUUGGGAUGAGAUUCUCCAGGGGAUCCAAGGGCUGCUGGCCUUGGCCUGGUUCUGAAGGAGAGGCGGGCCGGGCCGGGCAAGAACUACUCAUGGUAUGACUGUAGGACCCGUAGGUGUCCACACAGCAGCGCCCACCAGCCCCUCUGCAGGCCCAGAGUGCUUCCUGGGGGUGUGUAGGGCUCCUCGGGACCUUUGGAGUUUGUCUAAAUCCCACCUGGGACAGUCUCAUGGCCUUGUGUUUCGUAAACUCUAUGAUCAGAGCCAGUCAUAGGACACGGUUAGUGACCUUUGGCCUUAGCACUGCCUUUAACUACUGCUUUGUUCUGUGCAUCUGGGCCCCCAGGCCACAAAGUGGGCACACUGGUGCUUGUAGAUUGACUAGAAGGGUUUCUUUUCCAGAAACCUUGACCCCCUACCUGGCUGUAAGGGACUAGCAUGUGACACCCCCUCUUCCCCUAGCCUGUCUAAAUCUCAAGUGACCUUGACAGUCAGUACCCCUCCACCAUUGCAGUCUAGGACUUAGUGGCCGUAGAGUAGGGUCCCCAACGCUGAAGGUCCCUACCUCACUCCAGGUCUCAUGCUGGACAAUGGGCUGUGUCUUUGGAAGCCUGAGAGGAUUGUGUUAGUGUUAAAGGAUGGACCUAGCAUGUUGGCAAGCUAGUAGGAGGCAUGUUGGCAAAUGAGUAGCCAUGUUUGAGGUGACUGGAGCUUACCGUCCCUGCGCUGGGAGGAGGCUCCAGAAGAUGUCUUUUAGGCAGAGAAGGUGUGGGAAGGCUGAACAAGGGUUUGAGGUUGUGUUGUCUUUAUUUAUUGAAGAAGGAAGGAGUCAGUUCUUCAUGUUUGGAAACGAAGAGAUCAGGUUUACAGGGAUUUUUGUCACUCGGCAGCCAAAAGUCCAGCCAGAGAAAACUCACUCACCGGGCCACAGCCGGGCUUCCAUUUUCAUUGAUUGUCUUAAGGGAGAGGCACUGUGAGCCGUAAGCCAAUGUUUGGGUUUGGAGGCCCUUUUCCAGAAGACAGAUCCAUCUCCCAGAUUCCCAGUAGUUUUUGCCCAAUGUAUUUUGUCCAAUUCAGAGUUGGCCAGCCUGUCAGACUGUACAAAUCAGAGGCCAUUGACCAUAAUAGCUACAUAGUAGGGACCCAACAUCCCCAUACUAGAACUUAAGAGCCCAGGCCUAUCCAAGAAGCAAGUGACCUCAUUUCUUGGUGACACAGGACAUUAUUUCCAAGGCUCUAACAGAACCUAUGGCUCUAACUGCGGAGUUGGCCUCCUGCUGCCAAUCGGACCAGAGGAGCACACCACAUCCCCGCAUAUGCUUGUUUUCUAGUGGCUUCUACUGAGGUACACUAAGUUUACUUCAAAGGGUAUAUAUAGUUACCAUUCUUAAAUUCACAACUUGUCCCCUCCAACGGAGGACAUGGGUGUCCCUCCCAGUUACUGAGAGGUCUGGAAGGCAGAUGUUCGUGGCCCCUCUUGCAGCAUAGAUAUGUGAACUGUACAGUGGGGGAAGCAGAUAAUGUCACUGGGACGCCCGAAUCAUAGGGACUUCUCCUAGUGUCCACUCAUGCCCAGCCAGCUUAGUGGGGUCCGCAGGAGCCCUUCCUCCCCACCUCAGCAGAGAAACUGAGACAGGGACAUUGAAUGGCGUCGGCGUCGGUGUGUGUGCUGACACAUCUCCAGGACCCUCGGUGGUGCUAAUCUAUCUCCAUGUUUCUCACAGUUCUAACAGUGGGUUGUUUGUAUAGCCUCAUCGCAAACACGCAGUGUCCUUGGGGGAGGGACGCAGCCCCCCUGACCUGCCACUUUCCGGGUGUCCUUUACCGCUUCGAAGGAAUUCUUUGGUCUGUAGGGAUGACCUGUCUUGGGAUGCUUCUAGACUUUAAAAAUCUGGGUUGUUUUGUUUAAUAUUUUGUGUAUGUUUACAUGCAUCUUGUAUUUCCCUGAAAACUAAAUAAAGUUUUUGGCCUUUUUAACUGAA